CUUUCCAUGGGUAUGAAACGGAUAUAAAUAUUUGAAAACCAAAAUGAUGAUGAUUUAGACAGACCCGCCUAGCGCCGAUAUAAGUGUUUGGGUAAAGUCCUAUCGGAUCGGGGAAUAGAACCUAUUCCCACUUUUCUCUAAAAUAGCUCGCUGUUUGAUGCCCUCCCCUCCCUCCCUCCCUCCCUCCUAUCUGCCGCUGAACCAGAACAAGGAAGAAGAUUAGAAGAAGCAGUAAGUAGACAGCUCUUCCGAUUUUUCUUCUUCUGCCUUCUUUCUCUGUAAUCUCAUUCCUCCGCGUCCGCCAUGCGAGCGGAUGGACCAAUGGCGUGCUCCCCGAAACUAUACCUCUACUCUCCCCCAACCGCCAACCGAAGCGUCCUAGCUUUGAGCUUCAGCAGCUAGCUGCCCUUCUACAGAAAGCAGCUGCAGAAGAAGCAAAAGUAGAAGGCGUCGAGCAAGGUUUUCCCUCCUCUUCCUUUUUUCCACUGCUUCAACUCCGGCCAGUUCCCUCGCCGUCGCGGCAAACCGCGGCGGAAGCUAUAAGCUAAAGCUAUUAUCAGCAUCGAUCGAUGGCGACGCUAUCGGAUAUCUCGCUGUCGGCGGCGAUCAAUCUCCUCAGCGCCUUCAUAUUCCUCGUAGCAUUCGCAAUCCUGAGGCUCCAGCCCUUCAACGACCGCGUCUACUUCCCCAAAUGGUACCUCAAGGGCCUCCGCGCCAGCCCCACCAACUCCAGCCGCGGCGCCGUCACUCGCGUCGUCAAUUUGGACUUCCGCUCCUACCUCCGCUUCCUCAAUUGGAUGCCGGAGGCUCUCAAGAUGCCCGAGCCGGAGCUCAUCGACCACGCCGGGCUCGACUCCGCCGUCUACCUCCGCAUUUAUCUCCUAGGGCUCAAGAUUUUCGUCCCUAUCGCCUGCUUGGCCUUCGCUGUGCUCGUCCCGGUUAAUGUUACCAAUCACACCCUUGACAAGGUUGCCAAUGUUACCGCCAGCAACAUUGACAAUCUCUCUAUCUCCAAUAUUCCACUUGAAUCUCAACGGUUCUGGGCGCAUAUAGUGAUGGCUUACGCAUUUACCUUUUGGACCUUGUAUGUAUUGAUGAAAGAGUAUGAGAAAGUUGCUUCGAUGCGAUUGGCCUUCCUUGCCUCUGAGAAACGCCGCCCAGAUCAAUUCACGGUCCUUGUUCAGAAUGUGCCGCCGGAUCCUGAUGAAUCCGUGAGUGAGCUUGUGGAACACUUCUUCCUGGUCAAUCACCCAGACCACUAUCUCACUCAUCAGGAGGUAUACAACGCAAACAAGCUAGCCAGCUUGGUGAAGAAGAAGAAAAGCUUGCGGAAUUGGCUGGACUUUUACCAACUCAAGUAUUUCAGGAACCAAGCUCAGCGCCCUAUGAUCAAGACUGGCUUUUUGGGAUGUCGGGGAGAAAAAGUCGAUGCUAUUGAUCUGUACACAUCCAAGAUUGAGAAGAUAUCCAUGGAAAUAGCUGAGGAGAGGGCAAGGGUGGCGAAAGAUCCAAAGGCAAUAAUGCCAGUAGCUUUCGUCUCAUUCAAAACUAGAUGGGCUGCAGCUGUUUGUGCUCAAACUCAGCAAUCAAGAAACCCAACUCUAUGGUUGACUGAAUGGGCUCCAGAACCACGCGAUGUAUAUUGGCAGAAUCUGGCCAUUCCUUACGUGUCUCUCACUAUCAGGCGGCUUAUAAUUGGAGUUGCAUUCUUUUUCCUCACCUUCUUCUUCAUGAUCCCCAUUGCGAUGGUGCAAUCUCUGGCAAGUAUCGAAGGAAUUGAGAAGGCAGCACCUUUUCUGGAGCCUAUAGUCGAAACGGACUUUAUUAAGUCGUUUAUCCAGGGCUUCCUACCUGGUAUCAUUCUCAAGCUAUUCCUGAUCUUCCUACCAACUAUACUGAUGAUGAUGUCCAAAUUUGAAGGCUUUAACUCCCUGUCCUCUCUGGAGAGGAGAUCGGCUACCCGGUUUUACAUAUUCAACAUUGUGAAUGUAUUCCUUGGGAGUAUAAUUGCUGGAACUGCAUUCGAGCAGCUGAAUACUUUCCUGAAGCAAUCCACUAGCGAUAUCCCGAAGACAAUAGGUGUGGCGAUCCCCAUGAAAGCAACUUUCUUCAUAACCUACAUAAUGGUCGAUGGCUGGGCCGGCGUUGCUGGAGAAAUCUUAAUGUUGAAGCCGUUGAUAUUUUACCACUUGAAGAACUUCUUCCUGGUGAAGACUGAGAAGGAUAGAGAAGAAGCUAUGGACCCGGGGAGUCUUGGUUUCGACACAAAAGAGCCCCGGAUACAGUUCUAUUUCCUCCUAGGGCUUGUCUAUUCAACCGUGACUCCUGUCCUCCUCCCCUUCAUCAUCAUCUUCUUUGCCUUUGCUUACGUUGUCUUCCGCCACCAGAUCAUAAAUGUGUACAACCAAGAGUACGAGAGCGCAGCGUCAUUCUGGCCAGCCGUCCAUGGUCGCGUGCUCAUCGCGCUGAUCAUCGCGCAGCUGCUGAUGAUGGGGCUGCUGAGCACCAAGGGAGCAGCACUGGCCACUCCAUUUCUAAUUGCUCUGCCUGUGCUGACAUUUUGGUUCUACAGAUUCUGCCAGGGAAGAUACGAACCAGCAUUCGUCAGGUACCCGCUGCAGGAAGCGAUGAUGAAGGACACUCUGGAGCGGGCCAGGGAACCCAACCUGAACCUGAAGGGAUACCUUCAGCAGGCGUAUGUUCACCCGGUUUUCAAGAGCGCGGAUGAAGACGACGACGACAACGUGGAGGAUGAUGAGGAUGGCGAUCUGGCUUACUUGAGCGGGAAGAUCGACGGUGACACGGCGCUGGUUCCGACGAAACGGCAGUCGAGGAGGAGCACCCCAGCUCCCAGCAGAGUGAGCGCAGGGUCCUCGCCGUCCAUGUCGGAGGAGAGAAGUCAUGCUACCAAGGGUGGCCCUCCUGAACCGUAGCAAAGCCGAGUGAAGAAAGUGUAGCCUUGUAAGUAGAAGAACCCCGAGGUUGUUGUACCUUGUAAGUAGCGGUGGAGAGAAUGUGUAAAACGACAGCGCUUUCCUUCUUGUAUAGCGUUGUGGACUUGCGGUCCACUUGUUGUGGAACUUGUGGGUACAUAUAUUAGAAGCACUAGUGCACUACUAGGCCUGUCAGUUCGGGUUUGGUUUAAAUUGAAACCGUUUCAUUAAGAACACUUUCGGUUUUGGGUUUGACCGAAUGCAUGUUAGCAGUUUUGGUUUAACCCGAGACACAGAUAAGAACGUGAAACCCAUUAACUCAAAGAAACCGGGUUUGGUUCCCCUAAAGAUGAUUUGGCUUGGUUUCGGUUUACUUUAAUUGAACCUAAAAUCAAAAAAAUCUCUUAUUGAUUUCAGAUUCAGUUUCAAAGUGUAAUGAAUUUGGAUUCCCAUGGUUUUCGGUUCGGAUACCCGAACCCGAGCGAAACCGACACUCCUAAGCACUACCACCACUACUGUUUGAUUGCCUGGCAUGUAUCUCCUCCACGGAUGCAUUCUAAUUCGCCUAUCUUCUUUUGUGUCUAAAAGGAAUUCAACAACGUUAGAUUUUUGCAAGUAUUUUAAAAUUGUAUCGAUAAUUGUAUUGAUAAAGUUAGCGGUACCGUAAAAGUUACAUGAAAUAGUUAUUGGACAAUGAUUCAACCUGUUUAUAUUGCUAAAAAUUGUCUGGCGAUUUAAUUAGUUUUGGUUGGAAGUUUUUAAAUCCGACCAUAAGUACAGCUCGGUUUCACAAACAUCGGGUUUUUGUUCUGGGCAGUUGGUGACAUCACUGACAUGGCAGUUACACUUGGUGCCUCCAAGGUCUGCCACGUGUGAACAGAAGGGUGUCAGCAGUUUAGCUGGCAAUUAGCUUCUUGCGAGUGAGUCGUAAUUCAAUUAUGGAGGCUUGCCACGUGUGGACAGAAGUGGUAUUAAAACUGUUACCUACUGGGCACUAGAUGCCUAAUUAGCAUUACCUUGGGAGAGGUCAGCAUGACAAGACCAUCAACAUUUCUGACAACAAAGUCUCAAAGUCUGAACUCAACUAUAUUCUCUAUUUUAGUGCUAGACCAUCAACAACCACGUUAACUAUUUUAUUUGUAGCCCCUACCGCCACCUAUACAUUUUUUACAAUUUCAUAUUUUUAUUUCUAUUUUUUCUAUAUUUAUGAAAUUUACUUUCAAUUUUAUAUGGUGAGCCAUAUUCACAUUUAUAAUACAACAAAUAAUUUGUAUACUCUUUAACCAAUUGAAGUGACCCACUUUGCCUCUUCUAUAAUGAAUUUCAUCUAAUGAAAUCUUUAAAAAUUA